AUGUUUCUCGCGGCACAGAAAGAAGGAAAUGGAAGCCUUAAAGGCAAAAAUGAUCUCAAGGCAAUGGUGGUUGAUCAUCGAGAUGAAACCGAAGGGGAAUUGUCGGUGUUGCAAAAUGUCCCUGAUUGGUCAAAGGAGGAAGAAGAAAGAGUACUGAGAAAGAUUGAUUUUCUUCUCAUGCCGCUCUUAGUGGCAGGGUUCUAUGUGCUUCAACUCAACCGUGGAAACAUUGCAAAUGCCCUUACGGAUGGUUUCUUGAAGGAUGCAGGUAUAACUCAAGACCAGUUCAAUAUUGGCCAGCAGCUGUUGUCUGUGGGUAUCAUACUCGUCGAGGUCCCCAGCAACAUGAUUCUUUACCGACUUGGGCCUUCGAUCUGGAUUACUGCCCAGAUUCUAGCUUGGGGCCUUGUUUCUAUCCUUCAGGCGAUACAAAAAGGUCUAGGGGCUUACUUGGCCACCCGGAUACUCCUUGGUAUCUGUCUAGGUGGCUAUAUCCCGGCCUCACUUUACAGCAUUACCAUGUGGUACAAGAAAUCGGAGACCAGCACUCGAUUUUCUAUAUUCUUCAUGGGAAACUCAGUUGCACGAGCAAGUAGCGGGCUGGUUGCUUUUGGUCUUCUACGAAUGCGUGGCGCUGCAGGACUGGCCGGCUGGAAAUGGCUCAUGAUAAUUGAUGGACUAAUGGCAAUACUAGUUGGGUUAUUAUUUGCUUUACUUUUCCCAGGGACCCCUUUCUCUUCGUUAAAGAGUCUCUGUCGAAUUGGGUUCUUCACGGAACGAGAAGUAUAUAUUGCUCGUCAACGAGUGGUAUUGGAUGACCCAACUACGCUGCAGAAGCGUCGCUCCGUCACUCUUGGGGAUGUCAUCUCUACUCUUACAAACUGGACUAUUUAUCCACAUCUUCUUAUUGCUCUUUUGGGAAACGCGCCGGCAAACGCUAUAUCAUCCUACGGUCCUACGAUUAUCAACAGCUUUGGUUAUGAGAGAUUGACUUCAAAUGCUCUGAAUUCGGUUGGCUCGUGGAUCCAGCUAUUUCUAAACCCGGCUUUUGGAUAUCUAGCCGAUCGGCUUCGUUUGAGAGGUCUUUCGAUGAUGAUUGGACUUGGCAUGUGGUGGUUGUUUAUGCUUACCACAUACCUUGUUGUUGACAAUCCCUCGAAGGAUGUACGUUAUGCCGUCCUAACCUUGGCUCUUUCUUUCGUAGGGGUCUGGCAUCCGAUAAACGGUUCAUGGAUCGCACUUAAUGCAAGAAAUGCCGAGCAGAGAAGCAUUACGAUGGCAGUCUAUAUCAUGAUAGCCAAUUGCGCAGGGAUUGUUGGUGGCCCUAUUUUCAGCGAGAACGAUGCACCUAUCUACCGUCGUGCGUGGACCAUUUCUGUUUCGCUUCUGUCCGCAGCUCUGUUCUGUGGAGUGCUGGCGCAUAUUCAGUACUACUUGUUGAAUCGACGGGCGAUGAAAAAAGAGGCAGAUAAUGGAUGUGAAGGAUCAUCUGCAGCAGGGGAUGAGGGGAGUGAGGCUCGAAGACAGAGAUAUGAAAUGUGA